CUUCUGUGCCUCAUCUGUCAAAUAUUUGUUUUUUAUUCAACAUGUCACGUCAGCAGCAAGAUGUGGACGAACUUUUCGAUGUAAAGAAUCAUUUUUACAUCGGAAAUUACCAGCAAUGCAUAAACGAGGCUCAAAAAAUAAAAAAGCCUUCUACUCCAGAAGUAGCUAUACAACGCGAUAUUUUCACAUAUAGAAGUUACAUGGCGCAAAAUAAGUUUCUGGUAGUGUUAGACGAGAUUCACGGGGCAUCUCCUGAAGAAAUUCAACCGCUUAAACUACUAGCUGAAUAUUUACAUGGCAAAAAACAAAAAGAUGUUGUUUUGACUCAACUGGAUGAGAAACUUUCUGGUACAGGCAACAUUAAUGACACUUUGGUGCUAGUGGCUGCCACAAUAUAUGAACAUGAAAACAACUUUGAAGCUGCCUACAGAGUUUUACAUAACUCUGAGAGUUUGGAAGCAUUAAGUUUUAUCAUCGACAUACUUCUUAAAAUGGAUAGAGUAGAUUUAGCCAAAAAAAAAUUAAAGGAGAUGCAGGAUAAGGAUGAUGAUGCCACUUUGACUCAAUUAGCACAAGCCUGGGUCAAUAUAUCAAUGGGUGGUGAUAAAUUGCAAGAAGCCUAUUACAUUUAUCAAGAAAUGGUGGAUAAAUAUGGUUCUACCUCAAUGCUUUUAAAUGGGCAAGCUGUUACAUUUAUUGGUCAAGGAAAGUAUGAGGAAGCUGAGUCGGCUUUACAAGAAGCACUUGACAGAGAUCCAAAUUAUCCUGAUACCUUAAUAAACAUGAUCGCUUUAAAUAGGCAUCUUGGAAAAGGUCCAGAGAUUGGAAAUAGAUAUUUGUCCCAACUAAAAGAUGGUCAUGCAAAUCACCCUUACAUUAAAGAUUUAAAGCAAAAAGAAACUGAUUUUGAAAGAAUUUGUCUUCAAUAUGUUCCAAUUAAGCCAUCUGCUUGAUUUUUAAUAAUUCCGUUAUGAAAAUAAUCUAAUCUAAUGUAAGUUUUAUUGUAUUCUUUUAUUGUAUGUAUAUUAAAAUGUUUAUAACUAGA